UUUCAUUCGGAAGUUUCAGAGCAGCCACAACCGGAGAGUCCCGAAGAUUGGUGGAAUCUUUUGCCUUAUGCAUUUGUUUUGUUUUCACAAAAAAAAAAAAAAAGGGAAACUUGACAGAGAGGAUCAUGCUGUCCUUAAAAAAUACAACAUCGCAGAGGAAGUAGACUGAUACUAACAGUAAUUAAUAAUCAUGUGCCUCGUGAAAUAAAGAUCCGAAAGGAGUUUAAGUAAAAAUUUCCUGCAUCUCAUGCCAAGAGGGAAACACCAGAAUCAAGUGUUCCGCGUGACUGAAGACACCCCCUCAUCCAAGAAUGCAAAGCACAUCCAAUAAAAUAGCUGGAUUAUAACUAUUCCUUCCUUCGGGGCCGCGGGGCGGGAGCAGGGGCGAGAGGUGCUGCUGGUACCCGGCUGCUCGUGCCCCGGGGAAGGAUGGCGCACGCUGGGCGAACAGGGUACGAUAACCGGGAGAUAGUGAUGAAGUACAUCCACUACAAGCUGUCGCAGAGGGGCUACGAGUGGGACGCGGGAGAGGCGGGCGCCGCGCCCCCGGGGGCCGCCCCCGCGCCGGGCAUCUCCGCCUCGCAGCCCGGCCGCGCCCCCGCGCCCGCCAGGACCUCGCCGCCCCCGCCCCCCGCCGCCCCCGCCGCCGCCGCCGCCGCCGCCGCCGCCGCCGCGGGCCCCGCGCCCAGCCCCGUGCCACCUGUGGUCCACCUGACCCUGCGCCAGGCCGGCGACGACUUCUCCCGCCGCUACCGCCGCGACUUCGCCGAGAUGUCCAGCCAGCUGCACCUGACGCCCUUCACCGCGAGGGGACGCUUUGCCACGGUGGUGGAGGAGCUCUUCAGGGAUGGGGUGAACUGGGGGAGGAUCGUGGCCUUCUUUGAGUUCGGUGGGGUCAUGUGUGUGGAGAGCGUCAACCGGGAGAUGUCGCCCCUGGUGGACAACAUCGCCCUGUGGAUGACUGAGUACCUGAACCGGCAUCUGCACACCUGGAUCCAGGACAACGGAGGCUGGGAUGCCUUUGUGGAACUGUACGGCCCCACCAUGCAGCCUCUGUUUGACUUCUCCUGGCUGUCUCUGAAGGCGCUGCUCAGUCUGGCCCUGGUGGGAGCUUGCAUCACCCUGGGUGCCUAUCUGGGCCAUAAGUGAAGUCAGUAGGCCUGCCACAAACAAAUAUGCAAAAGGUUCACUAAAGCAGUAGAAAUAUAUGCAUUGCCAGUGAUGUACCAUGAAACGAAGCUGUGGUCUCUUAAAAACGAAACAUAAAACAAAACAAAAACAGCUUUCAGGCUCAGCGUCGAAUCAGCUAUUUACUGCCAAAGGGAAAUACCAUUUAUUUUUUACAUUAUCAA